AUGAGUUUCCACAGCCGGGCACUGACACGGCACAGGGGCAGCCUCGAGGAGUCGCCGCACAUCACCAGCGCGGCGAUUCUCUGCGACUCGAGGGCCGCGCUGCAGCAGCUGCUACUAGACGAGCGCGGGCCGCCCCUUGCACAGCGCCUCGCCUGCCGUCUGCACGCACUUCAGUCGAGCUGCGACCUACGCCUGCAGUGGAUACCAUCGCACGUCGGCGUCGCGGGGAACGAGACGGCGGACCAGCUGGCCAGACGCGCGCACAACCCAUCCACCGUGCUCACAGCUCGGGUGAGCUCACUCGACACAGCGCGCCUCCUCUUCAGACGGGAGCUGGUGCUUCGCCAUCCCGACGACCGAGUUGCAGAGGGGCGACCGCCGCGCCAUCUCCCGCAGACUGGAUUCACUAGGCGCGAGCGCGCCUUCCUUCUCGCCCUCAGGACCGGUUCUGUGUGGCCCGCCGAGCGGCGGCAUCGGCUGCGCGGAGCCCCCUCUCCCCUAUGCGGCGACUGCGGCGCGAUCGAGACACUGCAGCAUUUGAUAUGUGAGUGCCCCAACUUUUCGAUUGCGCGCGCUUCUCUCGCCCGUGUUUACCGUGGGCACGGACUGACGUGUGACACUGUGAACGCUGUCCUGCACCCCUCGGGCUGCCCCUCGCGACACAGGACGCUACUACGCGCUCUCCUGACUUUCGCCGAGGCCGUCGGCCUCGCCGACCGCCUCUAA